GCAGCGCUGUGCUCCAGGAGCUCCUGUGCUGCCGCUGCUGUUGUGCCACGGCCGGCUGCUCCCAGCGGGACGAGUCCCUCGUCUGACCCACGGCUUCCUCCUCCCAUCCUCUGCCUGUGGGGCGCGGAGCUGGGAGCAAAUGAGAGCCCCGUGAUCCCCAUCCAGCCCAGCUGGGCGAUGGAGACCCAGAGGUCCCGGUUUGGGGAUGGGGGCCCGUAGGUCCCAGCUGGGAGGUGGGGAUUCGUGCAUCCCGAUUUGGAGGCGGGCGCAGGGCGCGGAUCUGAGCCCAUCCCGCUCAGCCGGGCAAUGAAGACCCAUAGAUCCCAUCCCAGUUCGGAGAUGAGGACCCAUAGAUUCCAGAUGAGGGAUGUGGACCCAGAGAUCCCAGCUUGGAGAUGACGACCCAUAGAUCUUGGCCCAUCCGAGCUGGGAGCCGGGCCCCAUAGAUCAGAUCCCAUCCCGUUACAGCUGGGAGAUGGGCCCCCCCAGCUCACGCUUCGGGGCGAGGAGCUUUGCUGUGUGGCGCCCCUCACUGUGCUGUGGGGCAGCGCUGGGAUGCAGCCCCUGCUCCACUGUGGCUGCCGAGCUGUGCCCCACACCUCGUCCUGUGCCCCACACCUCGUCCUGUGCCCCACACCUCGUCCUGUGCCCCACACUUCAUCCUGUGCCCCACACCUCAUCCUGUGCCCCACACCUUAUCCUGUGCCCCACACCUCAUCCUGUGCCCCACACCUCAUCCUGUGCCCCACACCUCGUCCUGUGCCCCACACUUCAUCCUGUGCCCCACACCUCAUCCUGUGCCCCACACCUCAUCCUAUGCCCCACACCUCGUCCUGUGCCCCACACCGUUCUGUGCCCCACGCCUCAUUUCGUGCCCGCGCAGCUCCUGGGGCAGCUGGAGAACACGGGGCCGCCCCCGGCCGACAAAGAGAAGAUCUCCUCCCUGCCGACGGUGGCGGUGACUCAGGAUCAAGUCGACACGGGGUUGGAGUGCCCGGUGUGCAAGGAGGACUACGCGGUGGCCGAGCAGGUGCGGCAGCUGCCGUGCAACCACUUCUUCCACGGCGGCUGCAUCGUGCCCUGGCUGGAGCUGCACGACACGUGCCCGGUGUGCAGGAAGAGCCUGAGCGGCGAGGAUUCCUCGCGGCACUCGCACGGCCCCGCGCCGGGCGGCGGCUCCGGCGGCGACAGCCAGAGCCGGGAGCGGUGGACGUUCUGACGCUCCGCCCGCUGCCGCCCGGCGGCUCCGGCGGAGUCGCGCCGUCCGAUCCCCGAGCCGCCCGUCCGGCGGCCCCGGGCGCGUCGCGGCUCGGCGAGCGGCGCCUCCGCUCCGGAACACGGAACGUCCGGGCGCCGCGGGCGGCUCCGAACCCCGUGACGGGGCGGGCGGAGCUCCGCGGGGCGGGGGGGAGCCGCGGCCGCGUUCCGUGGGCGAAGGGACGGAGCGGCUCCGGGCGGGGGGCGGCGGGCGCGGCGGCGCUGUGCCGCGGCUCCCUUCCCCGCUCCCUUCCUGCUCCGCGGCUCCAUCCGCGCCCCGGGUCUGUCUGCGCUCUUUGGGUCCAUCCGUGUCCGAGGGUCCGUCUUGUCCCCGGGUCCGUCUGUCUCCGGGUCCAUUCACGUCCCCGGGUCCGUCGGCGCCCUUCGGGUCCAUCCGCGUCCCCGGGUCCGUCCGUGGCCUUGGGUCUGUCCGCGCCCCCACGUCUGUCCCCGUCCCUGGCUCAGCUCGGUGCCCAUCCACGCCCCCCGGUCUCUCCGUGUCUCCCCCUCCGUCCCCCCGCGGAGCAUCGCAGCCCCCAGGCGCUGCGCAUCCCGGACCGCCCAGACGGCGCAGAGCCGCGGAAGAGCCGCUCGUUGCUCCGCUCUCUGUCCUUUUAUUUCGGCGCUUCCGUCGCAUCCCGGCCCAAAGGAAGCCCCGUUUGUACGGCCCCGACGGGUCCCCGCGCCGACGGUUUGCGAUGAUGUCCAAUAAAGGCCUUUCUAACGA